AUGCACUUUUACAAAUACAUGCUGAGAUAUUCACGUUUGAUCCAGUAUACAAACACAAUAUUAUCACCAUCAUAUUUGCCAUCUCUAUCAUCGUCAUCAUCAUCAUCAUCAUCAUCAUCAUCAUCAUCAUCAUCAUCAUCAUCAUCAUCAUCAUCAGUCUUACAUGAUUUCAUAAAUCUGAUGUAUAGUGUUUACUAUUUGUGUUAA